AUGUUAAUUCUUAACAAGCUUGCUAGCUUUGAUCUUGAGAAUUGUAUAGAAAUCAGCAGAGCAACUGGCCUCAUCUCAAAGAUCAUAGAGUUCACAAGCAGCAGAACUGAAAUGACAAAUAUUAACGAGGCACAACAGACACUGCUGAAAGGUUCAUCACUUGAGCUGCUGAGAAGAUUUUCAAGUACCAAAGGGGAAUUUGGUGUAAUUUUGCGUCAGAAGAUUUCAGAAAACCUCUUCCUUUUGAACCAUCUUGCAGAUAUCUUGGAUGACAGUGGGAGUAGCCAUGAACUGAGGGAGCUCACAUCAGAACUCCUUAGAAACCUGGCCAUGGAGGGUAAUAUAAAGGACGAGAUUGGACACAUCCGAGUGAUCAUUAGCAGGUUGAUGCAUGCAUUUCUCAGCCAAGAUGCACUCUCAAGUACGGAUUCUGAUCAGCGGCUACGAAUGAAAUCAGGGCAAGCACUGGCAGUACUGGCAAUGGAGAGUGCCAAUAACUGUUUGGUUAUGUUAGCAGAACCAGGGUAUGUAUUCAUAAAGGAACUCACAGUUAUGAUCCAUGGUGGCAGAUACAGGUACAUAGCUUCAAGCCUGUUGCGGAAUAUGUGUGUGCAUGCUCGAUCUGGGCUUCGCAACUCUGACCUGAACGAAAUCUCCUACAUUUUGAGAGAGGUGCUGAAAGGAAUAACGGAUGCAGAAGGGACAGAACUGGAGGUCCUUAUUGGUCUUAGUUCACAAAUAUGCAAUGUCAUUCCAGAAGACUUUGCGCAAGAGCUUGAACAUGGUCAGAUUAAGGAAGGAUUUAUAAAGAGGCUUGUCAAUGCACUUAACUCAAAUAUGAUACCCACUGCUCAUUGUCCUGGUAUCAGGAGGGUGAUAGUUGAACAUGCCAUAUACAUGAUGGAAUUCAAUCCGGCCUACGCUAGCUAUUUCAACAACUGUCAGAUGAUGGAAGCACUGCUAACGGUAGAGCGUAAACCUUCAAGGGCUGAAAACUACAGGUUCUUAUUGGGUGAUGCAGGACUCAUGAAGCACAGCAUGCCUCUAUCCGCUCUUGUGGCUAGAGCAAAAGAGCUGAUGGGCCAUUAG